AUGAUGAUGCGACGGGCUGCAGCGAUCGCCUGCUUGGGACUGGUGCUGAUGUGGGGCGGUGGGGCAAAGGGCGGGAGGGAGAUGGUGUGGCAUGUGGGGCCAGCGGGCAAUCAUGACUUUAUGAGCGUUCAUGCUGCUGCUGAGGCGCUGGUUCAGAAAGAAGAAGAUUUGGCAAACGUCACGCACUUGCGGAUCGUGAUCCAUGACGGUCACUUAGAUCGACCACUGCAGCUGAAUGCACGCCACUCCUUGCCAGACGGCACCGUCACUUGGACCGGUGCCCAAGCAGGCCAACGCCUCACCACCGCCUUGCCUGUCCAUGGCUUUACGCGCAAGUCCAGCACACCGGAUGGAUCCAGCUUGUGGUCGACCGUGGUACCCGACCAUGCAAACGCAUUCACCGAUGUCUACUGGCAGGGCCAGGCCUUGACUCGAGCACGCACGCCCAAUCUGGGCCAGUUUUUUGUAUGGGAUCGGCCCCUUUGCCCAGAUGUGCGGACCAACGCCACGUGCGCAAAAGAAGCUCGUUUCGGCUUCUACUAUGCACACAAUGACGUCCAGGAGGCCUGGCGCAAUGAGAGCAACGCCCAGUUUAUGGUGUACCACGGCUGGACUGCGUCGCGUCACCACCUCCGCAUCAUCGACCCCAGCGCGCAGCGCGUGCUCUUCACCAAUCCAUCGGAUCGCCCCAUCGGCUACUGGCCAAACGUCGACAGCGAGGGGGGCGGUCGCUACUUUGUCGAAAACAUUCGCAGUGGACUCGAUGCAAAUUUUGAGUGGUACUUUGACUCGACCACCCGCGAGCUGAGCCUGCUACUCCCAGAAACCCUGAACCUCACGGACGGCGACAUCUGGAUUCCCCAAACCGACAACCUGCUCUUUGUCAACGGCACCCACAACCAUGACUUUUCUGGCAUCGACUUUACCUACACCAAUUGGGUCUGCGGCCCGACAACUGUCUGUGACAAGCAGUCGGCUUCCUGGCAGAGGCAAGCUGCCAUCGAUCUUUUCGAUGUGGUCAAUGUGACCUUUAGCAAUAACGAAAUUGUCGGUGCUGGUGCCUGCGCUGUCUGGGUCCACGGGUCCUCUGUCAAUAUCACGGUUGAUCGCAAUGUGCUUCGCGAUUUGGGGACGGGGGCUCUUCGCGUCGGGGAUGAAACUCCGGAAGACGGGGUCCCUUAUCGAGUGACUUUACAAAACAACAUUAUCCAUCGAGGUGGUCUAUCUUUUCCUUCAGGUACCCCCAUCUUGAUUCAAAAAGCCAUCAACGUCUCUGUUGUGCACAACGAAGUGUCCUAUUUCUCGUAUGCGGGCAUCUCGGUGGGCUGGAGCUGGAAUUUUGAAGAUCCGUCCUCCACGGCCAACGUGACCGUGGCAUACAAUCACGUUCAUGACCUUGGCACUGGUACUUUUCGUCAGCUGGGUGACGCCAUGGCAGCUGUGUACACACUGGGCGUGUUGCAUGGCACGGAGGUGCACCACAAUCUACUUCACGAUGUGUAUGCAUGGUAUACGGGUGGCUUCUGCCUCUCGCAAGACCAAGGCUCGAGUGACAUUUCGUUUCAUGACAACGUCUGUCAUGGCACAACGGGCGCCUCGCAGACGCAACAUUAUGGUGUCAACAACACGUGGGUUGUGGGCACCACCUCCACCAGCCAGCCAGCCAGUCAGCCAGCCAGUCAGCCGUGUCGCUCAUUUGACAUUUGCUUCUUCUACGAUUUGCAUUUAUAG